AUGCCAAAUGGGCUACACUCAAGAGGCCGCUCGACUAGUCCUCCGACUAGCCUGCCGCUUUCGAAGCGGGACAAACGGCGCAGUGCGCUGCAAGAACGCCUGCAUGACCUUACGGCCUCCUUCAGCCAGAACCGCGAUACCCAGUUUCGCCAACAAUUGCACGCUCUUCAGUGUGAUAUGACCCUCAUUAACAAUGCCGACCCUUAUAACCCGGGCCCAAUCCCCGACUCGGCCGAUGAGAUUGCCCAAUUGAUUGAAAACACGGUUGGUGGCGGCCAGUUCGCAAGGGAAAUGGCCAGCUUGGCUGGCAUGUGGUAUGCCCGCUUUGUGCAGGAGGUCAAUCAGGUCAAGGCGGAACGGGACGCAGACCUGGCUAUGCUGAUGCACCGUCAUAACAACAAUCUUGAGAGGUUCCAGCGAGAAUAUGCAUUUCGUGCUCAUUUUGCGGAAGAAGAAUAUAAUAAUCUCUCGUCGACUCUCCGAGAGCGCCUAGUGCAGACGCUUUCGGGCAAGCGAGCUCGCCUUAUGAGGGAGAAAGAGCAGCUUGAUAUCGCAGACACGAAUGCCCUCCUCCUUCAUCCCAAUCAAUUCAGCAUUACGAACCCUGCCAGCCCUGGUGGUAUUCACGGCAAUCGCAAAACAAGACAUACCCGUCAUCGCGUGGACUUGGAUGAGUUAGGCAAUGGGAUCAUAUCGGAACAUAUGAACAAGAGAAAGAGGAAAGCUCCGGAGGAAGAAGCCGGAUCACCGGUGCGAGAGACCCCUGCGGAGCGGGCGAAAGCCCAGGUAGUCCAGCAGCAACUUGCGCCGACAUACUCGAUCCAAUCUCUUUUUACCGAGAAGGAACUCAGUGCGCAUGCCAACCAAGCGCAUAUUGCCACAGUUCAUUUCUUCUCUACAUCCAAACGCGCCGAUCAGCCUUCGGGUGCGGCGACUAACGGAAACAACACGGAUGCGGACGAGGCGUCGGGCGUGGAUGGCACUGGUGCGGAGGACAAUGGUACUCCCGCUACUGACAUGGCGCGGACCGCGAGCCAGAAUUUCCAUGCUACUCGUUCGACACGUACACAUGGCAACCAUGCUCUCAACCCGUUGGCUGAGCUUUCCGACAAGCCAGCUGUACGUCCGAACCUGCCAUACAAUAUCCUGGCCAACUACCAUGCUCGGCCGAGCAACAGUGGUGCUCCUCCGUUACCUCCGCUUAUGAACGAGGAGGUGGACGACGAUUGGAUACGCAUGGACAAAAUGCAGAACAAACAUCUGGGCCACCUGGAUAAGAAUCUUGUUCACCUUCUCGUCGACCAAACGCCGGCAAAAGUCAACGGAAUCCCGCAAAACCCGAACCGCUUCAACCUCCUUCAUCCUGAUUUCCCCACAGAGGUGGGCAUGCAUCUUUACCCGCUCACAAAGGCUGGGGAGAGCAAUGAGCGCGCCAAGAAACCAAGAAAUGGAUGA